GGUCUUCUGUUUCUUUUCUUGGAAUGCAGCUUUGACAGUGUCUGCCGCACCAGCGAGGAAAAAGAAAGAAAAACUCGCUUUAAAGUCAGUCUACCUCCCAGUGACCAUGAGAGUCCUCCUACUCAUCUGCAUGCCAGUUGUGCUUGCUCAGGCCCAGUACCAGGAACAGGUUCCUUUCCCUGACUCGUAUGACUAUUAUUCAGAAACCCAGAACCCAGAGCCUUUCCCCGGAUCCUACCAGCAGCAGGUCCAGAUUGAGCCUGCGGUCUUUCCGGAGAAGUCAGAUCCGACCUUUGAAACCGAGCCCACAGAGCCUGGACCGCUCGACUGCAGAGAGGAACAGUAUCCCUGCACCAGACUCUACUCAGUGCACAAACCGUGCAAGCAGUGUCUGAACAGCCUCUGCUUCUACAGUUUGAGACGAGUUUACGUCAUCAACAAGGAGAUCUGCAUGAGGACCGUGUGCGCACAUGAGGAACUGCUCAGAGCGGAUCUGUGCCGUGAUCAGUUCUCUCGCUGCGGUGUGAUGGCGCUGAGCGGUCAGUGCGCGUCGCUCGGAGGAAGCUGUGGGCAAAGCUGCGGCGGCUGCUGAUCCGGAUCGGGAACGCUGCCAGCCGGGAUACCGACUCCUCUCCCCUCCUGACUCCUCCGUAUGGCUCCAUACUCUUGUGCGAAAAGCACUUUGAAUAUUUUUGUUGUUUUUAAUGUCUGCCCAGUAGAUCCUGUGUGUACUAUGAGGGAUCAACAAUAACACUGACGGAUAUGUGAGUCACUGGUGCUAUAAAACCUUUAGAGGUGCAUGAAAAUGAGUUUUCAUGGCUUCAUAAAACCAUGAAAACUCAUUUUAUUUCUGUUUUUUAUCCUUUUUUUUUUAACAUUGUGCCAUAAUAAUCUCAUAUUUUGUGUUUGUACUGUACUUUUGUUGAAAAGCAGUCAUUAAUAGAGAUGAUCAGGAGAGACAAUAAGAUGCUGCAGAACAUCAGCAUGAUUGGUCUAAAGGGCCGUCCAACCACCGCCUCUGUACUACUGCUUUGUAAAAAUGUCACCAUAAAAACUGAAAAAAAUAAAAUGUUUAAACUCCA